AGGAACCUCCAGCCUCGUCGCCGCCCCACACCCCGCGCCCGACCUCGCGCGGCCACUGCUAGCUGUGCGUGCGUGUGCUUCCGUUUCUUUCUUUUUUGACCAGAUGUGCUUCCGUUUCUUUUCUGUGCUGUGGCUGUGCGCGUAAACACAUUUGUCCUUGUUCCCUUCUGCGGUCCAACCUCACGUAUGCUACACUUACUCCGGCGUGACCUAUCCUUCGGCUGACGGGCUUUAAGUAGCAACGGACGCACGGACCCCUUCCUCGACCCCCCAUCGCCUGGAAUUCCUUCCCCCUAGCCUGGCUAGCUCCUCUCUCCCGGCUCCCACGUCGAGAUCGAUGGCUCCCUUGGUCGGCGCCUUCAAGCUCUUCGGCAAGGUCAUCACGCCGCCCGUACCCGCCGUCGCGGGGGAGGAGGAGCCGCAGCGGCUCCCCGGCGACGGCGAGCGGGAUCGGACGGCCGCGAUCAAACGGGAGGCGCCGGCGGGAGACCUGGAGGGUGAGGAGACCAAGCAGCAGGGGCAGGGAGGAGGGGCGGCGCGGCGCACGCAGCUGCAGGAGUCGGCGGAGGCGCGGGCGGCGGCGGCGCCGCUGCCGUGCCCGCGGUGCCGGAGCCGGGACACCAAGUUCUGCUACUUCAACAACUACAACGUCAACCAGCCGCGCCACUUCUGCAAGGCCUGCCACCGCUACUGGACGGCCGGCGGCGCGCUCCGCAACGUGCCCGUCGGCGCCGGCCGCCGCAAGAACCGCCCGCUCGGCCCCAACGUCGGCGCCAACCACCACCACCACCACCGCGCGCCCCCCGCCGCCGGCUUCAAUCUCGCCUUCCCCAACGCUGCUGCUUCCUCCCCCAACUCCCCGUCGCCGGUCUACACCGACGGGCACUGGCAGGCCGGCCCGGACCGUCGGUUCUGAUCGAUCCGACCAAUCAUCAUUAAUUCGUCCGGCCGAACCCAGGGGGGCUCUUCUCGUCUCGUCCGGGGAACUUCCGAAGGAGAGGAGAAUUCCGAUGCCCCUUUUCUGUUCUGCUCAUCUUCUCUAGCUAGUUCCUCUGUCUAUCUUUCCUAGUAGUAGUAGAACUAGAAUAAUUUGUCGUUUUUCUUUCUUCUUUUCAUGGUUUGUAAGGUUGCAUCGCGUCGCCUGUGCUGUGCAAUGUGUAAAAACUGAUCAGGUUAAUCGCGGUAGCAUUGUAGCGAGAGCUGCGAGCUCUGCUCUGCUGUAAAUCCGCCCGUUGUGUAUGACCAUGCGCUGCCGUUUUUCUUUCAUGACUCGGAUGACUGUGAUGCUGCGAUGCCAUGCCGUAUUGGGAUCUUGAA